AUAUUACGUAAACCGUAAUUACUUAACAAAUAUAGUAUUAAUUAAUGUUUUAAUUAAUUAAUUAAAAUUGUAUUACUAUUUAGUGUGUAUAUGAAUCGGGUAUCCGGUUAUUAUCGGGACUAUUGUUGUACGUGAUAUAUAUGGUGUGUAAUUAGUUGUCCAAUUGAUUGAUCCGCGGUAGUUACCGAUGAUGAACGGCCGCUGCAACAAAAAAUCUGCGGCUAUGAAGCCGAUAGUCGGCCUCUGUAUGGAUAUGUGUCCGCCAAAUGAGAUCAAAUGGCGUGAAGAUAAAGGCCUAUUACACGAGUUUGAAAUGACCAAAGAAUCGGAGAUUAUAGCCUAUCGGGAGAAAACUAAUCGGGAAAAACAAAGUUUCCGACCAAAAGCCGACAAACGAAAGAUUGUCAAACAGUUUAGUCGAUCCAGUGCUGGACAGCCGAUGCAAUCGCCGGCCGAAUUGCGGCCAAUCAAAGUGUUGGUCAAAACGUGCGAUUAUCUACUGUCAAAAGUAAUAUCCAUUGAAACUGUUAACUGGAAUCUUGUUUACGACUAUGUCUUCGACAGACUCCGAGCCGUACGUCAAGACAUGUCUAUUCAACAAUCAGAAGACAUACUCUGUCUGACAGUAUUAGAACAAUGCGUUCGCUUUCAUAUAUACUCUGAUUACUACUUUGGCGACGAAGAAGUUCGACUAUACGACAGACAUAUCAAUGAUACUCAUCUACGCGAAUGUCUUCAAUCGCUACUCAAACGAUACGAUCGGCUCGUAGACGUGUCCGAUGCCCGAAAUCGGCCACUAUUUGAGACCAUAUAUCUGUUAUAUAAUAUGGACUCGGAUGACGCCCUGAGCCGUUACGGUACACUACCGGCGGAACUGAAAAAACAUCGACUAGUAUUGACUGCAUUUCAUAUAGUAGUCAACUAUAAGAAAAAGUUUUUCUAUCCAAUCAUCCAAUCGUUGAUAACAUUAAAACCGCCAAUCAUUUCACUAUUAGCAUCGAUAAGUCUACCGAAAUUGCACGCAAUGGCCAUCAAAGUACUAUCGGUUGGCUAUAGUUCACCGAAUACACAGUUCCCGAUCGAAACACUACGCCAUUGGUUGUGUCCAUUUGAGACUAACGCACAAAAAGCUGAUAAAUAUUUAUAUCAGUUAUGCCAAUACUAUGGCCUGAGUGUUACCGAUGGUACGGUUGCCUUCAAUAAGUCCAAGUUUACCGAACAAUCAAAAACGAUGUCGCAACAAAAGUGGAGCUCAUUUGAGUUUAUCAUAUCGGAGGUAACGCUGUCAUCAUUGGUUAGAGGAAGACAUGAAAACAUUUCAUUAGAAGAAUAA